GGGGUGUUUAAGAGUGGGCCCACAGGACCUCCUGGAGGUGCACGUUCCAUAUCAGGGAUCCAAAACCCCUUAAAAUUUUUGAAGUCAUGCUGCCAUACCAGGGCCCCAGACAGCCUGCAGGCGUGUACUGCAUGGUUUAGUCCGUGGGGGGGUGUUUAAGAGUGGGCCCACAGGACCUCCUGGAGGUGCAGGUUACAGGAGGUGGUCAAGUGGUGCUUGUUGGCCCAGAGGGGAGUGUGUUUUUCUGGGUAGGAGAGCUGGAGGUUGUCACCCCGGAUGUGAUCGAUCAUGCAGAGAGGGGGAGCGGCUGUGCCGAUAAUGAGGCUCUCUGCUGGGCAUACCAUUGGGGAAUCCAUUGGUACUUGAAUGGGAUACCACCUUGGAAUACCUGGUGCUGUAAGCUUUUUGGCCGCAUCAAGGUUCCAUAUCAGGGACCCCAGAGCCCUCAAUUUUUCUAAGUCAUGCUGCCAUACCAGGCGCCCAGACAGCCUGUAUAGCAGCACUUCUAGGAUUGGUGCACUUCACCUUUAUGUAAAAAUGCAGCUCCAGGUGACUGUGAGAAUCAGGUUUUAUUAGUGUUUCUCAAGUCAAUGUGAUGUGUUGUGGUCCCUGAGGCCCCCAUAAACACUUUAGUCCUUCAAUCAUAACCAUAAUGGGAAACUCCCCGGUUGGUUCAGGACGCUACGAUACCUCACUCAAUUAUAUGAACUGGAGAGUAUUGUUUCUGCAAGUUUUGUCAAGACCCGAUCAAAAGGAAGCAUAGGUAGGCAUGUGGUGUCAGCUCACAGCAAAACGGUCACAUCGGAUUGCUACUGUAUACUGUAUAAGCAGGCAGGUUCUUUGAGCUCUGCCAGCUUAAGGCCAUACCGUUCUGAGAACGCCCGAUUGGUCCUUGACACGCCCACUUUGUCAGUGAGUUUGUUUGGAGCACGUCGGCGGGAGCUUCAUUAUUUCCUCUUUUUUUCCUUCUUUUUCUUGUUUCUAUCAUCCUGAGUUUACAUUUUUUGUUUGUUUCGGAUUGAGUUUUUUUUUCCCUCCCCACAGUAUUUCUACUGUUGGGGGGGUGAUUUUGAGUUUUUUCCUUCCUAAUGGAUCGGAGUUUUAAAGACAGUCGGACGGAUCACCUGGUUAUUUCAAACAUGGAUCAUCACGCGGACAAGAGAAAAGAUGACGGACUGGUUUAUAAAAGGGAGAAAUAUGAGAAGGAAAAUACAGUACAAAUCGAGAUCUAAGGAGAGGAAAAGAUUUCAUCGCUGGAAUUAAGGAAGAAUGUGAGAUUAAUGUGCGGAGGAUUGCUGGCCUGCCGGCUGAUCACGGAAAAGAAAUAUGAAGUGACGAUGAGCAGCGCAGCAGGGAAGAAAUGUUUAAUGGAUGGAUUUAAGAUCGGCUCAACAAACAUCAUGGCUAAAGAACUGGUGAAUGAUGAACUGGUGGUCUCUUUUCUCGGGCUCCCCGCGUACAUCACAGAUGAGGAGAUCCUGGAGAAGCUGCGCGGCUGGGGAGUGUCUGCAGUUUCGGCGAUCAGACGGCGGUUCUGGCCGGGAACGAAGGUGGCGGAUGGAACCAGGUUCGUGAAAGUUAAGUUCACAGAAACGGUGCAGUCUCUGCCUUAUUCUGCUAGGUUCAAUACAGCUCUAGGGCCUGAAUAUUUUAGAGUAAUCCAUGAUAAACAGGUUAAAGUCUGUAGAAUAUGCAUUCAGCCUGGUCACAUCCUCAGAGAAUGUCCUGAAUUUUUUUGUCACUCCUGUGGAGUCCAGGGGCAUUACGCGAGAGAAUGCUCUGUUAAAAAGCAAAACAAUAAGUGUCAAGUUUGUAGUAAUUUUCAAAAUAAAUGCAUCUGUAACAGAAGUGAGUCUGAAGAUCAAGAUCAGGGCUCUGUUCAGUCAAACGCAGAGGAUGAAUGUGUGAGUGAAGGUGAGAUGGAGGAGGAGCUGGAGAUGGAUGAGACAGGUGAAGGAGGAGAGGACAAACAGGAGGAAGUUCAGGAAAUGAACUCCAGGCUGUCUAUUGAGGCAGCUGAUGAAGGGGAUUCUCAGGCGGACCAUCCGCCAGACUCAGCUUCACAGAAACACGGAGGGGAGGACCGGGGAGGAGUCGCUGCUCCUCCUCCCAGAGCAGAAGCACUAAACUCCCCAGAAUCUCAGGUUUUGUCACCAAACCACCCGCCGUCCUUCCAGACUCCAGUCAAAAACCUGCCACACAAGUUAAAACUAGUCCCUGACAUGGAAACAGACCCUGAUCUUCAUCUUGAGACUCUUGUUGAAACCAGGAAACGGCUUAAUGCAUUGAUUGCGAAAAGACCGAAAAGGAAAACCAAGAAAUUAUGCAUUUAUUUAUUUUCAUAUCUCUCAGUCUGUUGCUUCUCUCGCUAAAUGCCCGUGGGCUCCGCAGAGAGGGGGAGAAAAUUGAAGCGAUAAUUUAUCAACGUAAGUAUGAGAUAUUGUGUUUACAAGAAACAAAAUGGGAUGAUAUGAAAGAAAGAGAAAAUACAAAAAAAUGGAAAGGAACAAUGUAUUCAUCCACCUCUGAUAACUGUUCAGGGGGGGUAGCUGUCCUUUUUAAAGAAAAUGUUGUGCAACACAGUGCUUUGGUUCAUAAAGAUAAUGAAGGGAAAUUAAUUGUCAUAGACUUUAGAUACAAUAAUGUUAAUUAUAGAUUAAUCAAUGUUCAUGCACCAAAUCUAGAAACACAGAGAAAAAGGUUUUUUGAAAACAUCAGGAAGUGGAUCACACAUUCUACCAUAUUAAUUGGAGAUUUUAAUGUCACACUAACAACUAUUGACAUUUCAAUUAAUUGUGUUUUUUCAGAAGAUCCCAGCAGAAAUGAACUGUUUAAACUCAUAAGGAAUAAUGAUUUGAUAGAUUUGUGGCGACUGUUUAACCCCAGAAAAAAACAAUAUACAAGAAAGCAAAUUGUACUUGGUAAACUGAAACAAUCCAGGAUCGAUUUGUGCCUGAUGUCGUCUUCUCUUAUCCCCGAGGUGUCGUCCUGUCUCAUCAGAGAGACUGUCUGGAGCGAUCACUCCUUCCUGGAGGUGGAGAUGGGACGAGGCACCAGAAAUGGGGGUCUGUGGUGUCUGAAUGCCGCUCUUCUUCGGGAUGGGACGUACAGAGAUAAAAUCGGUGUCCUCUUGCAGACCCUGAGUGAGGAAGUGGAUCACACUGACAACUUGCUGGACUGGUGGGAUCAAGCAAAACAUAGAAUCAAAAAUAUUACAAUAAAAUAUAGCAAACAAAGGAAAUGGAAGGAAAGGCAGACAGAACACAAUCUAAGGAAACUAAUAAAUGUAGAAUUAGACCAACUAGAAAAUAAUCCAACUAGAGACAUUGCAAAUUAUAUUCUAUUGAAAAAACAGCUAGACCAGAUUGAAGUUGAGAAAUGCAAAGGAGCCAUAAUACGUAGUAAAGCCAGAUUUCUAGCAGAAGGAGAAAAGUCUACAGCUUUCUUUUUAGGUCAAGAAAAACAGAAACAAAUAAAAGCAACAAUAACUGAAUUAAUUAAUCAUGAAGGGAAAAAAGUAAUAGAUUUAAUAGACAUUCUAGAAACCAUACAACAUUUUUAUUCUAAACUUUUCACCAGUGACAACAUUUCCUCAGAGAAAAUAGAAAAGGUUGUCGGUGUGAUCCAGUCCUCACUCUCUGAGGAGGAUUGUCUCAGCUGUGAUGCUCCAAUCACAAGUCAGGAAAUUCAACUCGCCAUUGAUUCAUUAAACCACAAUAAAAGUCCAGGGAAUGAUGGCAUUACUGCAGAAUUUUACAAACAUUUCAAAGAGCAAAUCAGUGGAAUUUUAUUUAAGGUUUUUACAGCCAUGGAGCAAACAGGAUGUACACCCAGGACCUUUGCACAAGGCGUUAUCACCAUUCUUUACAAAAAUAAAGGAGAAAAACAGGAUUUAGAAAACUACAGACCCAUUAGUUUAUUAAACACAGAUUAUAAAAUAUAUGCAAAAGUUCUGGCAAACAGGUUAAAAGCAGUUGCAGGUAGUAUCAUCAGUUCAUCUCAAGCAAACGGUAUUCCUCACAGAAGUAUUUCAGACACAAUAUUGUCAAUAAAUCAUACUAUCCAAACCAUGUCAAGCACCCAAGGUAUCUUUCUCAGCGUAGAUUUUAGCAAAGCUUUUGACAGAGUAGAACACAAUUUUCUAUGGGCAGUUUUAAACAAGUUUGGAUUUGGUCAGUCAUUCAUCAGCAGGUUACAGUUAUUAUAUUCAAAUGCAGAGAGUAAAAUUAAAUGUAACGGUCAUUUCACAGAUUUCAUACGGUUACACAGGUCGGUCAGACAAGGGUGUCCUCUGUCCUCCCUGCUUUACAGCUUGGUGGCCGAGCCCCUCGCCCUCUUAAUAGAACAGGACCAGAAUAUUCAAGGCAUAGAAUCACCACUUGGUAAUAUCAGUAAAAUUUUCCAGUAUGCAGAUGACACAUCAUUAACAGUCAAAAAUGAAGAGAGUCUAGAACUAGCAAUCCAACAUAUUCACACAUACGGUGUAGCAUCCGGAGCUAAGAUUAACAUUUCAAAAUCCCAAAUCAUGUACUUUGGUGGGGUGACUCGGACACCGGGCAGGUGGGAUUUCAGGGAGACGGAGGACACCAUCAAGGUCCUGGGUGUGCAUCUUGGUAAACCGCAUGGGGUGGCGAGAGAUGAGACCUGGAAAAAUGUUCUAACCAAAGUUCAACAGCUCUUAAACCUUUGGAAGCAAAGGAAACUAACCAUCAAAGGGAAAACAGUAAUAGUCAACAGUCUAAUCAUUUCAAAAAUCAUCUUUCCGCUUACCGUAUAUGAUUUGCCAGGUUUAACACUCAAUCAACUAAACACUAAGAUUUCAUCAUUUAUUUGGAAACAGUCAAGGAAUCUGGUUGCCCAUAAUACAAUGAUUGCUUCAUAUAAACAGGGAGGACUCAAACUUAUUGACAUCGGAGCCAAAAAACAAGCCUUAAGAAUAAAACUAGUUUCCAACUUCUUAACUUCACCCAUUCAUCAAACAUGGCAUGACUACUUUGA